UCUGUCAAACAAGGCUGAGUUGUCAGUUUUUAAUAAUAAUAAAACCAACAAGAGCUUUCAGUUUCUUGUGAUCUUCACAUAAGAAAACUCAACACUCUUGUUCUUGUUUUAAAGCAAAUCUAGAAUUUAUCUCUCAUUCAUUUCACUCUUCAAUCCUGAUAUUCCUCCCACUGAAUAAAUUUGCGAGUAUGUCCAAUUCAGAUGACAAGAAUUACGUGGCAUCCGCGCCAGUGGCGCCACCGGCUAUGGAUGUCGAGGGCCAGACUCCGACUCCGGAGACGGCGUCCGGGUUUGGUGUCUCGGCGAUCACCCGACGGUGGAAGAGUGAGGAUUUUUUGAAGAGAGGGUCUUUGGCUUUGAGAGGAGUGGCUUUGUUGUUUUCUUUGAUUGCUUUUAUUACCAUGGCGAGUAAUAAACAUGGUGAUUGGAAAGAUUUUGAUAAAUAUGAAGAGUUCAGGUAUGUUCUGGCAAUAGCAGUUCUUUCGACUUUGUAUACAGGAGGACAGGCUCUGCGUCACGUGCACGAGAUAUCUACAAGCAAACAAUUGUUGCAGCCGCGUACGUCUGCUUUGCUUGAUUUUUUCGGAGAUCAGAUUGUAGCUUAUCUGUUGAUAUCAGCAGCCUCGGCUGCAGUUCCGAUGACAAAUAGGAUGAGGGAAGGAGCAGACAAUAUAUUUACAGACUCCUGUGCAGCUUCCAUUAGCAUGGAAUUCUUGGCAUUCACAGCACUGGCAUUGUCAGCUCUCAUUUCAGGAUAUAAAUUAACAACUCAAUCUCAGAUUUAAGUACGCCCAUUUUUAUCUUUUUGGUUCUGUGAUUUUUUCUGUAUCUAUUGUUUCAUUGUCACAUACGAAUGUUUAUCUAAAAUUUUGUGUUGUAUAGAGAGCCGUGCUCAGAAGGUCAGAGCUCUUAUUGGUAUCUGUAUUUUAGAUGGUUGAAUGUAACCAGAGUGACAAAUAAUGUAUUUAGAUGCUUGAUUCUAUUUUUUUGCAAACUGGGUUCGAGACCAA